AUGGACUUCUCGGACACCUUUCGCAUCGUCAACCUCGUCGUGGCCGUCUUGAUGGUCUUGGGAGGAAUAUCGCAGUUCUUCCCCAUCGGAUUUCAGUCGUCAAUCAUCGGUGUCUACGUGAUCAUUUUUGGCUUGGCAACUGGCGUGCUCGAGUUCCAGAUCCCCCCGCAGAUUUCCCGCUACGCCUCGUUCCUGUUCUCUUUCCUCGGCCGUGGUAUCUUCUAUAUCUUCGUCGGCUGCAUCCUGCUUCACGACCAUGUCCUCCGGAUCAUUGCGGGCUCCAUUGUCGGCCUGAUCGGCGUCGCCUACGUCGCCCUCGAGUUCAUCCCGUCCAUCGAGCCGCCGGCGAACAUGCGCGAGGCGGAUGCUGGCUGGGGCGCUGAGCAGGUCUAA